UCGUUGAAUUUACAUCGCGAUCAGACGACGAUAACAAGUCAGGUGCCUCUUCCGAACUUUGCAGAUCCCUAUUGUUCCCUCGACCCUUUUGCCUCAGAACGGUAUUCCCAAAGUGACGAAUUACCGUGCGAAAAAAAGAAAAUCGGCUACGAUGGGAAUUCAUCUUCGACACGAUUGGUCGAACGACGAUGAAUGCUAUCUCUAGUUGUCCGGCCGUCGAAGCCUUACGGUUCAUUUAUAAGCCGUGAUGAACAGAUCAUUCUACGAAACUGUGUCGAGUGCGUUGUUCCAAAUGACCUUGAACCGGGAAUUUCUAAAUUCUUGACAGAGAAAAGCGGUGAAAUUCUUAUCGCGAUACGUCGCAAAAGCGAACGUUGUUCCAGUGAAUCAGCUGACGUCACGCGAAGGCGCACGUACUGUAUAUACUUACAUUUUUACACCACAAGUUGCAGAACACCUUGUAUAUUAUCUGUAGAAAACAAGUGCUUCCCCAGUGGAAGAAAGUCAGAUUUCUGUUAAUCUUCCAAUCGCGGUAAACAACGAAGAAACGUAUCGAUUUAAAAAAAUAUUUGCACAAGUAUCAUAACAGUACAAUUGCGCAAGAUUGUGAGAAUGUAUGACUCAUAGAGAUCGGUGACGCAAAGGUA